GCACGCAUGCGCGUCACGAGCGUCCAGUGAGUGUCAGAGCAGCGGACGCUUGUCCGGGGGACGAAUCUCUAGUCGCCAACCGGACCUCUGACGAGGGAGCGUGAAGCGGCAAUCUUCUCAAUGAACUUCAGUGCAAAUGCGGAGACAAUGAUCGUACGGACAAAUGAUUCAACGGCGGUUCGAGUUGUUGCGCUGUUUCGACGAUCGUCGGCGAAUCGUUCCCGGUGAAUCGUUCUCUCUCCCUCUCUCUCGCGAAAACGUGUAUGUAACGAUAGAGAGAUGCGCGGUCCGUCGCGCAUCGCUCCCGAGGAAUGUCAAACUUUUCACGGUCGUCGCAGCUGGUAAACGCGCGCGCGCCAACCCGCAGCGUCCCGUGGACAUUCGUCGCACGGUGAUCCGCCGUCACCCUUUGCCUAACGAUUGUCAACGUUUCGGCCUAAAAAUUCACGCCUAACCAGGACUGCCUUUCUUCGUUCUUUCGCGAGAGACACAAGAGAGCCGGAGAACCUUGCGAGAUGGCGGACGAUUCGAGCGUACGCGUCGCCGUACGAAUAAGGCCUCAAGUAGCUCGGGAGGUGAUCGACAUGUGCAGGAUCUGCACCCAGGUGCCUGCGGGGGAGCCGCAGGUGUUCCUUGGACCGGACAAGGCCUUUACGUACGAUUACGUUUUCGACACUCAGUCGGAUCAGAGAAUAAUUUACGAAACGUGCGUGAGUCGGCUCGUGGAAGGUGCGCUGGACGGAUACAACGCGACGGUGUUCGCUUACGGACAGACGGGCUCGGGCAAGACCUACACCAUGGGCACGGGUUUCGAUGUGGAGGUCGACGAGGACAUCGUCGGAAUCAUACCCCGUGCCAUCAGGCAUCUCUUCAACGGAAUAGCGGCCAAGCAGGAACGCGCGAGAGAACGCGCUCAGUUGCCGCCCGAGUUCAAGGUUACAGCACAAUUUCUGGAAUUAUAUAACGAAGACUUGAAGGAUCUGUUGGAACCCGGAGGACCGAGAGGCGGCGCCCGUAUCCACGAGGACACCACCGGCAACAUACAUUUAACCGGGGUGGAACCGCGAAUCGUGACCAGUCCGGAACAAGCGUUGGAGUAUCUGCGAUUGGGCGCGCUGUCGCGCACAACGGGAUCCACGCAGAUGAACACGCAGUCCUCCCGGUCGCACGCCAUAUUCACGCUGUACAUCAAACAGCAACGAUGCAUCAAGGUCGAGGAUCCCGACGCGGACGUCGACACGAGCACAGCCGAGAUUGCGAACGAGUUCGAAACGUUAACCGCGAAAUUUCACUUUGUCGAUCUGGCCGGUUCCGAGAGACUGAAGAGAACGGGCGCCACCGGCGACCGGGCAAAGGAGGGCAUUUCCAUAAAUUGCGGAUUGUUGGCGUUGGGCAAUGUCAUCUCUGCUCUCGGCGACAAAACGAAGAAGGCUUUGCACAUACCGUACAGAGACUCGAAGUUGACCAGGUUGCUCCAAGAUUCUCUCGGAGGAAACAGUCAGACUGUGAUGAUAGCGUGUGUGUCGCCAAGUGAUAGAGACUUUAUGGAAACUCUGAGCACGUUAAAGUACGCGAAUCGGGCGAGAAAUAUCAAGAACAAGGUUACUAUUAAUCAGGACAAGAGCUCGAGAACGAUCGCUUCGCUCCGACGAGAGAUUCAGCAACUUCAACUGGAACUGAUGGAAUAUAGACAAGGCAAGAGAUUAGUCGGCGAGGACGGUGUUAACGACGCCUGGCACGAAAAUCAAAUGUUGAACAGCGAAUUGCAAAGUCUCCGAACUAGAGUGAAAGCUCUUUCGGAAACUGUCGAGGCGCUGACAGCGAAAAAUGCUCUGUUACUAGCGGAAAAGGCGGCAGGUCAGUGGAUGGCGGCUGCGGGCGGUGGUGACGAUCAGGUGACCAGUUUGGUGCAAGGUUACGUUCAGGAAAUAGAAGAGUUACGAGCUCGUCUGUUGGAGGCGGAGGCUAUGUAUCAGCAAUUAAAGAAACGGCAGAUGCAGGUCAUCGCAGCGAAUCCGUACGGCGACAGUUCGUUUCAUUUCGAUCCCGCGUCUGUGUUGAGCGACGCGAAAAAGGACGUCGAGAAAGAAAUAGAAACGCUGAAAGCCCUGAAGGAACAAUACGCUCACAGCAGUAACACCUCUGUCAAGUCGACAGUAGACGAGGGAGAAGACGACGCGGAGAACGCUCAGGACUCCGGGAGCGAGGACGAUUCCGAGGACGAUUCUGAUCGCAAAGAAGAAGACGAGGAGGAAGAGGCUAUGGGUCGUGAAUUGGAGGCGCUGACGUCCGACAUCGACGUCAAGCAACGUUUGAUACAAGAGCUCGAGCUUUCUCAAAGACGUUUGCAGACCAUGAAGCAGCACUACGAGGAUAAAUUGGCUCAACUGCAGGCGCGUAUCAAAGACACUCAGGAAGAAAGGGACAAGGUGUUAAUGUCGUUGCAGCAACAGCCCGCGCCACCCACCGAGAAGGUGAAGAAAUUGCGGGACGAGUAUGAAAAGAAGCUCACUAAUAUGCAGAAGGAGAUGCGUCUUCUCCAAUCGGCCAAGAAGGAACACGCUAGGUUGAUAAAGAAUCAGUCGCAGACCGAAAAUAGAUUGAGAGGUCUGAGAAACGAGCUCUCGGAAAUGAAGAGAGCCAAGGUGAAACUUCUGAAUAAAAUGCGAGAAGAAGCUCAACGUCACAAGGAGAACGAGCUGAGGCGCAAUCGGGAGAUAGCUCAGUUGCGCAAGGAGAGUCGCAGACACGCGAAUGUGAUAAGAACGCUGGAGGCCGACAAGAGAAUGAAGGAGGUUGUGCUCAGGCGUAAACAGGAGGAAGUGACGGCGCUGCGAAAACGAGACCGGGGAUUGAGUCAAAAGGCUGCCGGUCGCGCGCCGGUCAAGUCGCUUAACCCGAAAGCGUUGAAGCAGAGAUGGCAAACGUUCGAGAGAACAAUCGCGAAGCAAGCGCUGGCGAAACAGGCCGCCGCCGAGACGGAGAGAGAAAUGGAAAGACUACUUCAAGAGCGGGAAGAACUGGGCAGAGAUUUGGAAAGACUUCAGAAGCACAGGAGCCAAGUGACGAGCGCGAGGGGCGACGUCACCGACAUCGACGAGGAGAUCGAUAACGUAAAGAGCAAGAUCAGUUAUCUGCAGGAUAGUAUCUCGGAGUGUCAACGGGAUAUGGUCGAGAUGGGCGACGGUGAGGCGGAGGGUGAGCCUGGCGUCGAGGCGCUCAUCUCCACAAUUCGCACGGUAGACGAGGCACAGUAUCUGCUUCAACGGAUGCUCGCCUUCACCGUGGAACAGAGUUGCGUAGCCGCGCAAAAGCAGCUCGAGGUGCGGGAUAUGGAGUCCCGGCUCAAUCAGGUCGCGCAAGAGAGCGACGUUCAGCACCAAUUGCUCGAACACGUUCUGCGCGACAGAGAUCUCUUGUCUCUCACGAACAACCAGACUAACGCUUACAGUCCGGCCAGUUCGAGAAGCUCUUCUCCCGACAACGAAAGUUACAGCCAGAUUAUACUCGGUGAUGAGAAACAGCGCAACAAUAAAGUCAGAAGAAGAACGGCGCAGCCGCAGGAGCUUCUCUACGGCGUUCACGCGAACAAUCCCGAAAGCGCGAAAACGGACGAUCAGAAUCAGAAUCACAAUCAUCCUCUCACGAGGGUUCCAAGCGCGCCGGGUAGUUUGAAAGGAUUGGUAUUGACUAGAAAUCAACACGGAGGUGGCGUGACCAGCGGAUCGCCGACUCUGGGCCGUCGAGACAGCACCUCGCCCAGAGCUCUGCGACGGCCGAUUCAUCCGGGCGGAGGCUCCAUGGAGCAGGUAGCGCACACGGAUAUAUCUUCACCCCCCGGGUCCCCGACUACGUACAGGCGGUUCAAUAGCCGUGAGGAAAACGUGUUCUCCAGACUAACCGCGAGCAGACAGCCGAUAUCGUCUGAACCGCAGCCAAUGAAGGGCAUUAUCUCGCAGUAUCAGGGCAAGGUUCAACCGCGAGCGAUUUUGCAAUGUUCUCACGUAGCGGAGGGACACAGCAAGGCUGUGCUCACCAUAUGCGUGACGUCGGAAUUACUUUUCAGCGGCUCGAAAGAUCGCACCGUGAAAGUGUGGGAUUUGGAAACGGGCAUCGAGAGUUUAACCCUGAGCGGACAUCCGAACAACGUAGUCGCUGUGAAGUACUCCUCCGUUCAUCGAUUGCUGUUCAGCGUGUCAGCCGCGUACGUCAAGAUCUGGGAUCUCAGAGCCGGCAACAAUUGCAUAAAGACGCUGUUCUCUUCUGGUCAGACUCAGAUCGGCCCGAUCGCGCUCUCUACUCCGUCUAGAACGCUUCAAUUGCCCGUGGGCGAGACGACGAUCAACGAUCUGGCGCUGAGCCUGGACGAGCAGGAGCUGUACACGGCGUCCAGCGACAAGGUUCGAAUAUGGGACGUGCGCAAAUUGACAUACACCGCCCGACUGAGCACGCCGCACACAGCGGCGGUUAUGUGUCUGGCCGUCGCCGAGGAUGGCCGAGUGAUAGCAGGCAGCAAGGAUCAUCUGAUAUCCCUCGCCGAUCCAAACGCAUCCGGACCCUCCGUUAGCUUAGCGCCGCCGCAUUACGACGGAGUUCAGUGUUUGACCACGAUCGGUUCCACAUUAUUUUCUGGCUCGAGGGACAUGUGCAUCAAACGAUGGGAUCUUGGCAGAAUGGAGUUAGUUCAGUCUUUGAAUAACGCUCACAAAGAUUGGAUCUUGGGAUUGUGCAUGAUAAACAGCGGUUCGGUAAUGAUAUCGGGUUGUCGCGGUGGUGUACUGAAGGCCUGGUCCGUUCCCAAGGAUCACUCGGGGGAGUGCACGCCUAUCGGAGAGGUUCGGGCGCAUACUUCCGCCAUCAAUGCCAUCGCGACAAAUCAACAGCACAUAUUCACAGCGAGCAACUCUGGAGAAGUGAAGCUGUGGCGUAUACCCGAUACCUCAUUAUCCAUGUCUAUCUCCACAGUUUCCCUUUAACUUUAUUUGCUUUUUGCUUGUGUGUCACUGUUGUGCGUUUAUCUUGUUUUUUUGUGGUGAUAAUGCCGCAUGCUUUUCACACAUAUAUAUAUAUAUAUACAUAUAUAUAUAUAUAUUUAUAUAUACUUAACAAUUUUAAUACUUGUCGAAGUCGCACAUUCGAGUACCGAGUUUAUUACACGACAUUUCGAAUUUACACUAAACACUUGUGUCAAAAAGAUACCGCGAACAUGUUUUCUUAGAGACUUUUAUAUACAUAUAUGUAUCUGUUCACACGUUUGCAUUAUAUGUACCGCAGAUGAUAUACGCAAAAUUUAAUUGCCACCACACAAAAAUUCACAUUAAUUUUUUUUUUUUUUUUUUUUUUUAAACGUGUUGUCUCUUCGAGGAGGUAUCAAAUUUACAAAUUACACAAAGUUACCUGUACGCUCAACUUCGUACGCGUGUGACGAACAACGCAAAAAGAUCUCUUUGCUAGUCAGAGUAUAAAUCAAAACAAAAACUAAAAGACUUGUUGAUUAAUAUGUUAUAAUUUUUUUUUUUUUUGUAUUGAUUAUAAAGUUUAUCAAGCCUAUAUAACAUAAUAUAUGUAUGAACACUUAAUUUAUUUGCUUCUAUGUUGUUUACUCCACUUUGGUGCUUUGCAUGGUCGUCGUGUCAAUACGAAGCGAUGGAACUGUGAGACUGUGGAACUACUAUAAACGAGACGCGAGGACCUUCCACAGGAGCAACUCGCUGAAAAGCUAAUACGUACACGUCGUACACGCCACGUAUAUUGUACAUUUAAUUUUUAAUUGCGGUUUUAGUUUACGUCAAAUGAUAAUGCACGUGAUCCGUCAUCGUACGCUGUUAGUUUGCAUCACUGCCGUGGUAUUCAGUUCUGUUUUAAUAUUAUUAUUAUUGAAAAUUACAUUUCCUAUAUUUUUUUAUGUCUAUUGACUGUACAUCUUCGUCUUGCUGUCUCUCUUCUCUCGUAACGUUAUUAGAUAAUGAGAAACGUCUAUUUUUAAGCAACAAAAAAAAUGUAUU